UUUCUUUAAGAAAGUGUAAAAAUGAGACGAAUAACAAGUUUUCUUUUAUUAUCAUUGUUAUUAUUACUGGGUGGAAGUGUGGGACCUAUUAAAAAUUUUUUCUUCGCCAAUGAGGAAAAUUCAAAAAUGGGAAAUUUGAUUACACCUACUUCAAGUGAUGUAACAUAUAAUUUAAAUAGUACAGCACCUGCGAAGAUAGUAAAGCAAAACGGCAUUUCACAUUCAAAGUCAGAGAUAAAAAAAGAGGCUACAAUAGAUGACCUAAUUAAAAAACCAAUUGACGAAUUCUUUGAUUUCGAAAUUGGUUAUGAUGCAAUUAAUAUUCGAUUUCUUGAUAUUAACAAUUUCAUCCCCGACAAAAGAUAUGAAGCAAGUCUUCUCACUGAGAAUAAUAUUCAACACUAUUGGAACAUUUAUAAUGAUAACAACAAAAUGUCACAUGUCAUCUAUGGUCUCAAGCCAGGAGAAAAAAUCACCUUUAAAUUAAGCAUUAAAGAAAACUUUAAUGAUCUUGUUGUCAAAGAGAAAAAAAUUACAACUAUUUUUCCCGAAAUGAAACCUAGUAGGCCUGAAGGUCCACUCAUAGUGGUAAAUAAAACGGAUACAACAUGCGAAAUAAUGUGGAAGAAAUCUAACAGUGAUAAUAAAUAUCUUGAAAAAUAUUAUAUCUCUGAUGGCCAAAAUAAGUAUCCAAUGUAUUCAGCCCGAAAUGAAAUACGUGAUACGAUUACUGGUCUCAUUCCUGGAUCUGAUAACACAAUUUCUGUAUAUGCUGAAAAUAAUAUUGGAAAAUCAGAACCAAUAUCAGUGAAUUGCCAUACUAAUUCUGAAAGUUAAAAAAAAAGAAAAUUAAAAUUAGGUGGGAAACUGAAAAUUAAAAGUAAAAUUGAAAAAAAUCGAACUAUUUAAGAAAAAAAUUUAAUUAUCGGAAUAAAAUAUGAUUUUAUUUUUCACAUUUGUUUUAAAUCGAAGGAAAAAAAAUUUUUUAAUAAAUAAUACACUUUUUGUCUAUCUGCAAAAUGUGGACUAUUUUUUUUAACAACCAAAAAAUUGUCCUUACAAAAAGUUACUUUACAAAAAAA